AUGAUCUACUUGAACCCAAAUUGCACUGUUUUCGAGAAAUACACUCAUUUUCAAAUCAAUUUGGUUUUCAUGGGAGACUCAAUUGAAUCUCUCGUUUAUGAUGUCUACUCAAUCGUCUCCAAGCCAAACAGCAUAAUUGAGUGUACAAAGCAACUGAGAAUGUUUUUGAUGGCUUACGCAGCAGGCUUGGGUUUAAAAUUGGGCGUCAUGAACCGAAAUUGCUACAUCUUGGACAUGAAAAGCGACAAUAACCGUGUUGAGGUCUCGGAUACGUAA